AUGGGCGACCACACAGCCUUCUUCUACGGCACCCUCAUGGUCCCCAAAGUCCUCUACCGCGUCAUCUACGGCACUUCCACGCCGGAACCCUGGCAAACCGCCUCUCUCUCCUCCUCACCACCGCGCCCGGCCCUGCUCCCCGCGCACCAGCGCCGCAAGGUCCGCCACGCCGACUACCCGGGCGUGAUCCCACUCCCCUCCGACCCGGCCUCCAGCGUGCGCGGCACCCUCGUCACCGGCCUGACCGACGCCGACAUGUACCGGCUCGACCUGUUCGAGGGCGACGAGUACGAGCGGCGGCGCGUGCGCGUGCGGGUCAUCGCUGGCGCCAAGGUGGACGCUGCGGGUCUGCCUGAAGGCGGGGAGGCGGAGGGGGAGGAGGUCGAGGCCGAGACGUACAUCUGGACGGCCGGGGAGCAGGCGCUGGAGGAUGAUGAGUGGGAUUUCGACGAGUUUGUGCGCGAGAAGCUGCGGUUCUGGGUGGGCGAGGGAGCGGAUCAUGAGUAUACAGAAGUCGACAAAGCCAUUGCUGCGGAAAGCAAUGGCGUAGACGGGACCGGCGGGAGAGGAACCAACGGCGCUAUCGGCAAAGCCUUAGAUGAAGACCACAAGGCAGCCAAGGAUGCAUUGAAGAACGCUGUGUAG